ACUUUUGAUUUAUUUUUGGUUUUCAUUCUCGUCAUGUCUCACCACCACGGCAUAGAGUUACAAGGAUGCGUCGAUCCCAUCUUAUCGACGACUUUUGCUGCUUUAACUCCUUCGCCCACCUUCUCCAACCUGGCCCUGCAAGACCCCCAACAGCAGCAGGGUCUCGCCGCCAGACCAACUCCUCGAGAUGUCUACGACCCGAUCCCUGGACUCAAUUGCACGUAUGAAAUACACUGCCAAGCAGAUACAGAAUUCGUCUGCGAAUGGGGCAUGGGAUGCGAUCAGCUGAUAAAGCCGCCGCGAUGUAAAAUCUCUAGCGACAGCCAGACAAUCACAAUGUCCCAAUACGCCUCGAGGUUGCCUAUCGAUCCGGAGGAGCUGUGGACGGAGCUGAGCAUGAAUAUGAUGAUGUUGAUUUCGCAUUCUGCGACUGCGACGAGUACGUCGGCACCGACGACGACGGCGACAGAUGUUGUACCCACUGCAACGCAAACUGGAGGAGGGAAGAUGCGUGCAGCACAUGGAAUGAUUUACUCCAGCCCGACUAUUUAUGGAUUUUCGACCGUCGGCGAUAUCGUGUGGGGGGUGCUCAUGGCAUGGGGCAUUUCAUCGAUCUUGUUGUUAGUGCACUUUCUGUAG